AUGAGGGACCGGCUGGCGGAGCUGCGGCAGCGAGCCGCGGCCGAGGGGGACCUGUAUGAGGAUUCCAUGUGCUUCGACAACCCAGCCUUGGCUGGGGACGACGCCAACCCCGUCAGCCAGGCGCUUCAGGAGGCGGCCAAGCUCUGGCAGGCGCUGGACCGGCUGGAGCAGCUCUCUGAGAGCAUCGACAAGAUGCAGCAGAAGGUUCUCUGCUGCACCUCCGAGGACAGCAUCGCCCGGGAGAAGCUGGAGCUUGGCGCUGCCAGAGCCACCUUUGCGCGGGAGGCCAUGGCCCUGCAGCCCCUGCUGGGCGCCCUGCCGCUGGCACCGGAGCGGGCGCCGGGGCAAGCCAGCCCCCGGAUCCGCCAGACCCAGCUGUGGCUGCUGCUGCGGCGGUACCAUGCCACGCUGGCCCGCCACUACGCCCGGGAGAACCGCUACCGGCACAGGCUGAAGGAGCAGAUCAAGAGGCAGGCCGAGCUGGCGGGCAUCCACCUGGCCGCCAAGGACUUGGACCAACUAACAGAGAGCCCUGAGGCGCCCCGCAUCGUGGGCCGGGACCUGGAGGAUCUCGAGGCCAAGCGACACCUGGCCUUGGCCGAGAUGCGCCAGCGGCAGCUCCUGGAGCUGGAAAUGCAGAUGGUGGAGCUGCACGGGUUGUUCUUGCAGCUGGAGGGGCUGCAGGCCGAGCAGCACGGGGCCGCCGACAGCGUGGAGCACCACGUCCUGCGCACCCUUGACUACAUUGCCCAGACCGGCGACGAGGUGAAGAAAGCCAUCAAGUACCAGCGGCCGUCGCGGCUUUCGGCCCUGCUGACCGCUCUGCUCGGCCUCUGCGCCUGCUGCGCCUGCCUGCCCUGCCUCGGCGGCACCCUCCGCUGA